AUGGCUCCCUCGCUCAAGGUUCCGCCGACCCUCGUGGUCUACCGCGGCUUCGCUGCCACCAACAACUAUGUCUGGUCGCCGUUUGUCACCAAGCUUGAGGCUCGUCUCCGCUUCGCCGGUCUGCGCUACCGCAUUGAGCAAGGCUCCCUCGGCAAGGCCCCGCGCGGCAAGAUCCCGUAUGUUGACAUCACGUACGAUGGUUCGCAGGGCCCUGUCACCAUGGGCGACUCUUCCGCCAUCACGAAGCAGCUCGUCAACGACGGCGCCUGCGAUGACCUCAACGCAGAUCUGCCACCGGUAGGACGCGCCCACGAUCUAGCUGUCCAAGCCCUUUUGGAGGAUAAGCUGUAUUUCUUCCAGAACCACGAACGCUGGCAUGAAAAUUAUGAAACUAUGCGCAACAAGGUGCUCGCUGCCCUUCCCUAUCCUGUUCAGCUCCUCGUCGGCCUACUUGCCUAUCGUGGAGUUACUCGCACUCUGUAUGGCCAAGGAACCGGCCGGUUUUCCACAGAAGAGCUGGCCACCCUCCGGCGCGCAGUUUGGGACAACAUCAACGCUCUCCUAGCCGAAGCACGCCUGACGGCUCCGAAUGUCACGACGCCUUUCUGGCUCCAGGGGGGCGCCGAGCCCACCGAGGCGGAUGCAACUGUCUUCGGCUUCAUUGCAGCCGGUCUCGUGUGCGAUGCUGCUCCGGAUACGCGUGAGGUCAUUCAAGCCUACCCGGUGUUGGUCGACUACGCAAAGAGGAUCCAUGAUCGUUACUUCGAUGAUUAUGCCAGCUGGGAAGAAGCAAAGGAAUGA